CUCUUUAUAUUAAUAACCCGCCUCGAGAUAAUGAUGUAAAAGACUCCCCCUUCUGUUGCUGAUGCUGAUCGUUUUGAAGAUCUGGGGUAAGGUGACUCAAACCACGAUAAACGCAGAGCAGAGCACAUUAGGAGGAGGCACUGUUUCCUCACCUCACUUGACAAGUGUAGACAGCACUACAACAGCACUUUCUAUGACAGAAACGUAACGCGACUAUCGAGGACAGCUACAAGAGACGUCUCUAUCAAACUGACCUUUUCGGAGAUUAUGGACAGGAGAAUGAACUUGGGUGCACCCGGAGACAUUUUUCACAAAAGUCUGAGCGCGGUCUCCAGCAAAAAGAUGGACUCUUUUCGACCGACUUCGGGUGUCGAGCCACCUUCCAGGGACCGUCAGUCGCCAAUCAGCUGCUUCGACCCGACUGACUCAGACUCCGUUCAGCCCGGAGGGCUGGCAGGAGGGCGAGGAGGAACGCUUGGUCUCCCGACCGGAUCUUUGUGUGUGAAAUACGGCGAGAGCGCAAACAGGACUUCGGCGGCUGAGAGCAGCGGCGGGGAACAGAGCCCGGACGAUGAUAGUGAUGGCAGGUGUGAGAUGAUGCUGAUGCAAGACGGGAGGACAGCGGUGCCCGGAACGAAGUCUGAUGGAGGUAAGAAAAACAAAGAGCAGAAAAUGCUGAGGCUAAACAUCAACGCCCGGGAGAGAAGGAGGAUGCACGAUCUGAACGACGCCCUCGAUGAACUGCGAGCGGUGAUCCCCUACGCGCACAGCCCGUCCGUACGGAAACUCUCCAAAAUUGCCACCUUGCUGCUAGCCAAAAAUUACAUUCUCAUGCAGGCACAAGCGCUGGAGGAGAUGAGAAGGCUAGUUGCAUAUCUCAACCAAGGCCAGGCUAUUUCGGCUGCGUCGAUCCCUGCAACCACAGCUCUCACGCCAGGCUUAGGCGCAUACGAACAGCCGCCUGGGUAUCCGUUCCCCACCGGAGUUGCAGCCUCCUCCUGUCCCGACAAAUGUGCCCUAUUCAACAAUGUCACCUCCAGCCUCUGUAAACAGUGUACUGACAAGCCUUAAAUACUACAGCUAAUGACUCUUAUAGAAGCACCUGCGCAACCUUGACUUUGAAAUUGACACCACUAGACUAUUUGGUAUGGAGGUCAAUAGAAAAGGCUAAAAGAAAACCUUUUUCUUACAUCGCGAUUUCAUGCCAACAAUCGCAGUUUUUGUUCAAAUACUUGAUUGUGUAUAUGAAGUGGUCUGGAACUGUUGGUGAGAGUGAGUUAAAACCAAACAAAACCUAUGUGACUGCAAGACUGGUGAGAAGUGACAGUUUAUUCUCUCGCGCAAAUACCGGCACUACAGACUGACGAGUAUUGACCUGGCAACAUGCAACCAUAACAAGGCCUGCCACACUUUUCGGGAUAUUUGCUUAAUCUGCAAUAAUACUGAUGCUGCUUUCGGUUAAUGUUGCCUGAAUGUUUGCUUUUUUUGGUGCAUCUUGUAAUUUGAAAAGUAGCAACAUGACUACCUUAAAGAACAGAGAAGUACAUUACAAAACUAUGGACUUUUAACUCAAAUUAGAUUUUAGCAUAUUUCACAUCUUAGUUUAACGUGAUAAGUUAAAUGAUGAUAUAAUACACUACAAGUUUGGUGGAAUCGUUAAAGUUGACUUUUUGGUUUGAAUUUAUUUAAGGACUGUGAAUAUAGUUAAAUUGGUCUGCAUGCAAGAUUUCGUUCGGCACAGAACCUUCGCUGUAAAUUUCGCAUAUUAUUUUCCCCCAGACUCACGCGGUCGGCUAUAGAUUAGGUAACGGUUUCGGUUUGUUGUCAGGUCAAAAUGGUGAGCAUUGUAGAUACAUUCGUUUCAGUAUGACUGCAGAGGGCCGUUUGUAUAUGUUGAUGUACUGGAAAGCUUUAUUAAAAUAUUUUGA